AUGAAUGAAAAAGAAAAGAAAGGACAUCAAAAAUCUGUCGAACCAGUAAAAGUUGCUUGUUUGAGCUCUUCUACAAAUUCUGACAGCGAUUUACCUAAAUACAGCGAAAUCCCAUAUUCUCAUGUUGACAAUAUGGAGAAGGGUAGUUUACGUUUACAGUCCGAUCCAGAUCCAGAUCCAGAUCCAGUUCCAGUUCCACCAUACUCAAGAAGACGACAUCAAGAAGCUUCUAUUGGCAUGGCGCAAGGAAACGGUUCCUUAAAUUCUUUAGGGGAUUUUCUCAAGCCAAUACUAUGGUUAAUUUUCUGGCCGGCAAAAAUCGCAAGAAUCCCGGAAGCACAGCGGAGACAAGAGAAUGAAGCUCUUCGGCUUGGUUGGUGCCUUAAUGGUUCAAUUAUAUUGAACUUUAUCUUUUCUUACAAAUACCUUGUCCCCUUUAUAAAGGAAUCAAUGAAAGAAUCUGUAUGGUUAUGGUUUCAAAUUACAGUAGCAGUUGUUCUUGUCAUCGCGACUUACAGUAGCAGUUGUUCUUUGUUGGUGGAUUUUAUCGUUACACUGAUUCCUCUAGUCCUUUCUGGAACCACUAUGCUUGUUUCUGGAAUAUCUUCAUUUCUUUCUUCGCUUUUUCUGGAAUAUCUUUAUUUCUUUCCUCGCUUUUUUCUGGAAUAUCUUCAUUUCUUUUUUCGCUUUAUUCUGGGAUUAAUAGUGCUGUUACGAACUGAAAAUCAGUUUAAUGAUUGUAAUGAUAAUAGUUUGGAGCAACCGUCCACUGAACAUUCUGAACAAUCUCCAGGGUUACGCCGGGAACCUGGUCAGUCUAGGGAUGUGGAAAACAGUGGGAGUUGA